AUGGCUUCAGAAGGAGCAUGUCCAGUGCUGGGAACGGAUGUGACCAUGAACGCCGGUGCCUCCUUGUCUGCUUUCACGGCAGUGCCCUUCCCUCCACCCAUUCCUGGCGCCCAGCACCGGCCACCCUGGCAGCAGCACUUGCCACCUCCCAUCACCCCAGCAUUCCUUCCUGGAAGCAGCCUGCUGCUGCCAGCUUUCCCCAGGACGCCUAUGGUGGCGAAUGGUGGCCGUGGCCCCAGUGCCCCUGGGGCUUGCAACCUCACUGUCCAAGUCAGGUCACAAGGGAGGCCAGUGGAGGCCCCCCAGACUCAGACCUUUGUCGUUACUCAGGCCCCCCUCAACUGGAGCGCUCCAGGGGCCCUCAGCAGGAGUGCUACAUGUCCUGCACCCGUAUUCUUAGCAACCCCUGUGAUGGGGACCGUUGUGACUGCUCCAGCUGUUGGAGUUAGUCAGGCUGGCAAGGGAGGCUGGACCCCAGGCUUUCCUCCUCAAGCUCCACCACCAGCUGCCCAGCUGGCCCCUAUCAUUCGCCCAGUGAACCCUGGGCCAUGGCCACAUGGCGCUUCCAGGGAGGGCCGCCUGGCCACCAAGCAGUCCAACGCCUCGCAGGAUGGCUCCUCUAAACCCCCAAGCGUGUACAGUAACUUCCGACGUUGGCAGCACCUCAAGCCCCUGGCCCGGAGACACUUUCACCGGAGUCCUGAUGCAGAAGCUUUUUCUUGCUUUCUCAUCCCAGUGCUUCGAUCCUUGGCCCGCCGGAAGCCCAGCAUGACGCAGGAGGAGGGACUGCGGAGGGCCGUGCAGGAAUGGCGGCGCUUGAGCAAACUUGACCGGAGGAUCUACUACGAGAUGGCGGAAAAGUUCAUGGAAUUUGCAGCCGAGGAGGAGAUGCACAUUCAGAAUUUGCAGUGGAUGCAGUGCGCGCAGGACCUGCCUCCUGCAGCCCCACCGAAGCUCGAUCCUCGGGGGCCCCCAGCCCCGCCACACAGAUCCCAGCGGACCCCGGAGCCCAAGGCGCCCAAGGAGAUUCCCCCUGAGGCUGUGAGGGAGUAUGUGGACAUCAUGGAGGCGCUGGUGGGGCCCGUCCACUCAGCCACAGGCGAAUCAGAUGCAGAAUGUGGAAAGGACGGAAAUGAGCUGAAGCAGGAAGAGGACGACACCUACUUGGACCCGGGUCUCUUGAGCUACAUUGACAAGCUGUGUUCUCAGGAAGACUUUGUCACCAUGGUGGAGGCAGUCAUUCACCCUCGAUUCCUGGCAGAAUUGCUUUCCCCAGACCCACAGCUGGAUCUCUUGGCCCUUGCUGAGGAGCUGGAGCAGGAGGAAGGACUCACCCCUAAAGAACUGGUGCAGAAACGACUCCUGGCCUUGAAAGAGGACGAGGGUGGGCCGGCAGCCCCGAGCCACAGUGCACCCGGAAUGGGCUCAAGUCCAUCUGAGUCCCAUGCCGGCCAAGGUGCCGGUCAAAGGCGCACUGGCCCUCUACUGGGACCCAGGGAUGCGUCUGUUCUCAGAGAGGCGUCUCCUGUUCGGGAGGCCCGAGGGCCCAGGGACGCGUCCAGUGAGGACGAGGAGGAGCUCCCCAGCCUGGCCUUCCUCUUGGCCUCUCCGCAGAGCCUGCUGCCUUGCGGGCUGUCCCAGACACCUGCCCCUGCCUCAGGCCUGGCCUCCCCUGGAGGUUGGGGGGCCCAGAGUGCUCCCCAGGCCCCCUCCCCUCAGAGAAGAGGCCUCAGCCCACCUCCACCAGCCGCUCCCAAGUCGAGGAAGCGGGCUCUGUGUGGGCGCCCAGCCGCUGCUGAGAAGCUGCCCAUCCCCGGGGCUGGCCACGGGGUCUCUGCGAGGCCAGCCUUGGCUCUGGGGCUGGCUCGCCCCUCACAGCCGAGAAAGAGAAAGCGUGACCCGUUUGUCACAGGGAAGAGGAGGAAGAGGAAGCACUGCAGCCAGUAG